UCCGGAACCCGCGCGUACGCCGUCGCGGUUCCGGCCGGAAUUCCUCGGCGCUGCACGCGGGCGAUGGCCGCGCUGGUCGGGAGGCGAGCUCGGGACGUGCUGAAGCGCGCGCCCUUCGCGACCGUCCCGCGGAGACACCGGCACAAGAAGAAAUGGGCUGCCACAGAGCCCAAAUUUCCUGCCACCCAACUGGCUCUGCAGAAUUUUGACAUGACCUACAGUGUGCAAUUUGGUGAUCUUUGGCCAUCCAUCCGGGUCAGUCUCCUUUCAGAGCAGAAGUAUGGUGCGCUGGUUAAUAACUUUGCUGCCUGGGAUCAUGUGAGUGGGGAGCUGGAGCAGCUGAAUGCCAGGGACUUUGUGAGUGAAGCCAUCUCCCACGGGGAACCAGAGCCAGAGAGUGGCCAAACUACAACUCCACCUCAAGCUUCUGGGGCCUACAGCCCGAACCUUCGAUGCUUCACUUUUGCCAGAGGGGAUGUCAGUCGGUUCCCUCCUGCCAGGCUUGGCAGCCUGGGUGUCAUGGACUACUACCUGAUGGAUGCUGCUUCCUUGCUGCCUGUCCUAGCCCUUGGUCUGCAGCCUGGUGACACUGUGCUUGACUUAUGUGCAGCCCCUGGGGGAAAGACACUAGCACUGCUUCAGACUGGCUGUUGCCGCAAUCUCGCUGCCAAUGAUCUGUCCACUUCUCGAACAGGCAGACUACAGAGGGUCCUUCGCAGCUAUGUGCCUCAAGAUAUCAGGGAUAGAAAUCGGGUUCGAGUCACCUCAUGGGAUGGCAGGAAGUGGGGAGAACUGGAGGGAGACACCUAUGACCGGGUGCUGGUGGAUGUGCCCUGUACCACAGACCGCCAUUCUCUUCGUGAGGAGGAGAACAACAUCUUUCAGCGGUCGAGGAAGAAGGAACGGCAGAUGUUGCCUAUGCUUCAGGUGCAGCUGCUCGCGGCUGGACUUCUCGCCACCAAACCAGGAGGCCACAUUGUCUAUUCCACUUGUUCACUGUCACACUUACAGAACGAGUAUGUGGUGCAAGGCACCAUAGAGUUCCUGGCCAAUCAAUACAGCAUCAAGGUUCAGGUGGAAGACCUGACUCACUUCCGAAAGCUUUUCAUGGACACAUUUUCUUUCUUCCCAUCCUGCCAGGUUGGGGAGCUGGUAAUUCCAAACCUCUUGGCCAAUUUUGGGCCCAUGUACUUUUGCAAAAUGUGUAGGCUGACCUAGCAUCACACUAUUCCCGAAGUCCUGGUGUGGGGAGGUGAAGGGUAUACUCCCAUGGCGGCACCAGAAACUGAGACCAGUGGCAAAGCUGCACCCUGGGUCCUAUCUCCAUCCUGUUUGUCUUUCUAGAGAGAGUUUCCAUCAUUAGAAAAUAGGAGUUUUUCCAUCCUGCUGUCCAGUUGUGGAGCAUCAGCAGGUUUCUAACUCACUUAUUAUACCCUCUCCUCCCAUUUCUAGGCCUGUGCUAAAGGUUCCUGCCCCAUUAGGGGCUUAGGAGGAGGAGCCAGUGACGAGGCCCAUGCUUUAAGCUGUAAACUUGGGAAGAAGCAUUUAGCCAAUAAAACUGUUGAAGCUCCACACAAUGGGGCUGUAGUUGGGGCCUCACGUUGGUCCAAGUACUGUUAGUUCCAUUUGUACCAGCUGCUGUUACUGUGCUCUAGCUCCUAGGGCCCCGAAGCCCAGGAACUCGGCCUGGUUACAGACCUCUGGUUACAGAGCACCUCUCACACUUGGAGUUCUGUGUGAUCAGUCCUCAGCAACCAACACGCCCAAGCGAGCCUCCGUAGUUUCUUCAGGUGGCCCAUGAUCUAAUUUAAGGAACAAGCAACUAAAAAUGUUAAGCCAAUCAUGAUAAUCUGCUUACUUGCAUGGAGAAAGCUCUCCCGAGCUGCAUCAUUGCAGCCACCUCCUGCUGUCCACAGCACUGCUGCCCCGUGUGGCUGAGAAAGCUGCUGCCACCACAGGGCUAUGAUCCUCUUCUGUGUGUUUCUGUCAUUCUUCAUUCAUCUAGCAAGUAUUCCUUGAGCUCCUGUAGGACAGGUAGCCAGGGAGCUGUUGGAGGUGUAGUAGCAGCUGGGAGAUGAGACUCAUCUGUCUUUAUGGCAGCUCUCCUCCUUUUGCUGAGCACCUAGGCAUCUCCUGAUGCCUUUUUCUGUUAUGUUAUGCUUUUUUUGCUUUGUUUUUCUUGUUCCUGAUCUGUGGCUGAGCUCCAGUUGUUUGGCCCACGACCAAAUCCCUGAGAGCUAUUCCCCAGUAUCACAAGGGCUCACCUUCCAGAGGAUGUGAAGUUUGGGGCAAUAUUAUAUCAUUGCUGACUGUGUGCUCAUUAUGUUGUUUUUGUAACUUGAACAUAAAAAGGUAAUCCCUUAAUGGCAGGGAUAUUAAAAAUUGCUCGUGGUCACUUGCAAAAUACUGCUUUUUUUAAUUAAAAAAUUUUUUUUUCUGAAAAACUGAUCCUUGUGUAGAAAAGGGAGCAUAAUUCUAGAACAUUUGUGUUCUUGGUUCUCCCCACUUUCUUUAUCCCUCCUCUUCCUCUUUCUGUCACUCAUUUUGCUCUUUAUACCUUUCCUGCCAAUUCUUGUUUUGGUAUUAGAGGUGUCAGCUGAGAAGGAUUUUGGAUAAGGUUAAGCCUUCUCUUUUCUUGGGAUUUGCAUUAUAACUGAGGGCCGUAGAAGAUCUUUCAUACUCAAAAUCAAGUGAAGCUAGGAAGAGGGAGCUCUAGGGAGUAGAACUUUAAUUAGCUUCUGUGUGUGAUAUGUGGUGCCUGCCUGCUGUUUGCUCUUAGUAUUGGCUGAGACUGGGAGGCCUCAGGUGCCUGGGUUUCUGCCCUUGGCCUCCUGGGUAUCCAGCCUGGUGCUAACUGAAUGCUAAGCAAUGCUAAUUCAGGAAGAGAUUGGGUCUCCUGCCCCUGGGGUCCCAGUCUAACCUGGACAGACUGACCCAGCUUGGAAAAGCAAAGAAUUACUUUGGAAAGAAGUUUGAAUAUCUCCUGUAAUUGAACAUUUACUUACCCUACAGCCCAGUUAUUCCAAUAUUAGGAGUAAAUCCAAGAGAAACUCCUCCAUAUACACUGGAAGAUUUGUACAAGAAUGUUCAUAGCAAUUCCAAAAGGAAAUGCAAAUACCCAUGAGCAGUGGAGUGGACAAAUAAACUGGAAUAUUCACACAAUGGAAUAUUAUAUGGCUGUCGAAUGAAGCACAGUGUUACAUAAUGAUAUGGAUGAAUCUUUAUAAUUAAAUAUUAAAUAAAAAAAAGUUCAAUCCCAAAA